UGCCAGGCAAGCCAGAGGGGUGCUCCGCACUCCCCCCGCCCUCCUUCCGGGAGCGAGGAUGCAGACUCUAGAACUGGUGCUGCUGGGCUGAGGCGGAGGCAGGGGAAUUGCAACGCGCGCGGCCCGGCGAGUGUGUCUCCUGCGCCCCGAGAGGCGGGGGGAGGCGGAGGACCGGGAGGCGGAGGAGGAGGGGGAGAAUGCCUGGAGCUGCCGCCGCCGCCGCGAUGCUCCCGGCUCAGGAGGCUGCCAAGCUCUACCACACCAACUAUGUGCGGAACUCGCGGGCCAUCGGCGUGCUGUGGGCCAUCUUCACCAUCUGCUUUGCCAUCGUCAACGUGGUGUGCUUCAUUCAGCCCUACUGGAUCGGCGACGGCGUGGACACCCCACAAGCCGGCUAUUUCGGGCUCUUCCACUACUGCAUCGGCAACGGCUUCUCCCGGGAGCUGACCUGCAGGGGCAGCUUCACGGACUUCUCCACGCUGCCCUCGGGCGCCUUCAAAGCCGCCUCCUUCUUCAUCGGCCUCUCCAUGAUGCUCAUCAUCGCCUGCAUCGUUUGCUUUACCCUCUUCUUCUUCUGCAACACAGCCACCGUGUACAAGAUCUGUGCCUGGAUGCAGCUCACCUCCGCUGCCUGUCUUGUGCUUGGGUGUAUGAUUUUCCCUGAUGGCUGGGAUUCAGAUGAAGUAAAACGGAUGUGUGGAGAAAAAACAGACAAGUACACUCUUGGGGCCUGCUCUGUCCGCUGGGCGUACAUCCUGGCUAUCAUUGGAAUACUGGAUGCCCUGAUCCUCUCAUUUCUCGCAUUUGUGCUUGGGAACCGACAAGACAGCUUGAUGGCAGAGGAACUGAAGGCAGAAAACAAAGACGAUGGAAAUGCUUAAGCAAGCUAAGGUAGUGUGAGACCUCACCAUUUCUGCUAAGCCAAUAUUCUCUAGAAUGAGCACAAAACAAGUCAAAUAACAGCUAAACAAACAGCUUUGUCCAUCAACAUCAAGAAGGAAGACACUUGGGAAAGAUCAGAGUCCAGAGACGAAAUGCACAAACAUGAAGCAGCCACUCGCCAAAGCACCUUCUGAGUCUAGAUCUGCAGAACUUCGCAUGGUUCUCUGGGAGGAGCUAUGAUCACGGGUCACACACCAGCUCAUUGGAAACUGUCAUCAUAUAAGAUCAGAUAGCACUCAUGAAAAAUCAUAUUCAGGAAGUAGUUUAAGAAAGAAGAAUACAAACGUGCUAGAAUUAACAUGUAAAAUACAUAGGUACUGAGGUUUAUAAACUGUCCUUUUUAAAUCAAACUAAAACAAAAAUGCUUUAAUCUUUCAGUACUCUUAAAGGAAACAAAAGAGCAGUUAAUUGUAGAUUAUUCCUGUCUCAGUAGCCAAGAGGCUAACCAAGCAUCACUAGCGGUCUUUAGUCCCUCGUCACCACUGUCCACUCAUUUCACUGUGCAAUUAGUCACAACUACUUGGCUAUUAAGAGACGCAGCCCUUCCAGCUUCUUGCCAAGUAUGUGUUCAGUUUAACCUGUCUGUACAAGUUACCACCAAGGAAAUGUUUCUGCUAUUGCUCCAUAAAACUGUGAAUCACAAGAAGUUUCACCGUUACAUCACAGGUUCCCAAGCAACAGACAGCACCAAGGAAUUCUGAACAAAAUAGAAGGUUUAUUUGGAUGCUCUCUCAUGUAAUAUAUAGGCUACUAUCAAAUAAACACUUUUUCUAAUUCCCCCUAGUAUAUGCAUAGGAAUUUAAUAUACUUUAUAAAUAGAUAUCUAAAAUAUGAGUUUUCUAUUUCUUCAUUCUGUAUGUCAUUAGAAACCUGUAUCCUUUAUUUUCUUUACUGACAUAUACUCAUUCUUGCUUUGAUAAAAAAUUAUUCCAUUAAAGCUACUUCUAAAUGGUAGUAAGAGGUACUAACAAAAUAAAUAAAAACUUUAUAGCCUUAGUAAAUAACUAUAUACUUAUACAAGUUAAAAGAACUUGAUAGGAAUAAAUUACCUUUUGUUUGUUAAUGUUGGUUUUGAAAUUUCUCAUAUAUUUCUUUCCUUUUGGUUAGCCAAUACUUGGUGGUAGUUAUAACUAUACAUCUGUCUUCAAGGAUCUUUUCUUCCCAGGAUCUCCCAGCCAUUGCCCUCAUAACAUCUCUUGCUUAAAUGCAACACAGAGAAACAUUUAAUAUUGAAGUAGUCCACUGUAUGAGGGUAAACACAAACUGAAGUACACAUGGGAGCUCAGUGGAAGCCAGCCCGCAGUAUAGACCUGAACAGAAAACACACACAUAUAGAAUGUCUUCACUCAGAGGCUCAGAAUUAGCAUCUGUCACUAGAACACCAGGUGGAGCAUAACAAAGAGUCAGGGUGCCCUCUCUUAAGCUUGCAGAAGAGCACAUUCAUAUUUUAGCCAUGUUUUCACCAUGAACCAAACGUUUCGAAUGGCUAAAAGUAUAUUACGGAUACGCUUAAGUGCUCAAGUAGAUAAAACCCAGUUCACAGAGGUGUGGCUUUCCUAAAGAUCUAUACUAAGGGAACACUUAGUCUCUGUAACUAUAGUAUUAGUCAUUCUGGGGGCUCUUUGUUGCUUUAAGUAAUAGUUGGCCCAAUGCAUUCAGAAUACCCUACUUACUAAACUUAAUUACAUACAACUUUUGCUUUGUUUUGUUUCAUUUCGCAAGACAGGGUUUUUCUGUGUAGCCCUGGUUCUCCUGGAACUCACACUGUAGACCAGGCUGGCCUCAAACUACACACAACUUUUUAAAAAUUCAUCUUUUAUUUAAAGGGAGGCAUCUUUAUAUCUACCCAAGAAACAGAAGACAUCAGAUUCCUCUAACCCAUGUAAAUUAUGGCUCUGUCUCGGGUCUUACAUCACAAGUAGUAAUGUGUUCAAAAAAGUUAAAGUUCUUCCUCUCCACUUGCAAAUGUCUUCAAGAAGCUUUUGCCAUAAAACCUAAGUGUAAUUCAGCAUACCACAGUGCUAUGAAGAUAGGUCAUUGAUGAUAUUCUCUUUGUACAUAGAUAAUACACAUGUAAAUCGCUAAAUGUUAAGUAUACGAAGUAGGUUUUUACCUUUUAAAAAAGACUCCCUUUCUCAUUCUUUUCUGUUAUGUUAUGUCCAAAAGUUGUGUGCAAUUUUUUAAGGUCCAGGAAAUGUAAAGAUAUUUGUUGGAAUAUCUGAAUUUCUGAAAAAAAUAAAAAUAAGAUUUUGUUACUUUAAAAAA